AAGAAAAGGAACGAACAAAGGAUCACGGGGCUUCCCUAUUAUUUGUCCUUAUUGAAAGUGACACGGCCCAUGAAUGCACAAGAAUCUCUCUUAAUUAGAUUUUGGUUUUCAUCUGUUUAGUGCUCGAUAGAAUGUAUCACAAGAUCACAGAAACCUACCAGUCUCCAAUCUGCAAAACCGAGUAGAAACAAAGAAGUUCCAAAUAUCAUCUUCUUCUUUCACUCCUCUUACUUGUGCACCUCAAUUUGUUUGUUGCAAAGAGAAUGAAUCAGCAGGACUCGAAAUCAUUAGCUGCCGAAAACCAAGAAGCUGAAACUGAUGAAGGGACGCAGUUCGAAAAGUCUCUGCUUGAACUCAAGGACUUGUGCUCUCAUCUUCGCCGUGCUGCAAAUUAUUGCGAGACGAGUUUCUCGAAUGCUAAGGAGAAGAGAACUGUGGUGGAGAACACAAAGGAGUACAUAAGUAGGGCUGUAGUUACAGUGGUUGAUCAUCUCGGAAGCGUCUCAGCUAAUCUUGAAUGUCGGCUUUUAAAUACCAACUCUGUUUCUGAGACCGAGCUUCGAAUUGACAGCUUGAAAGAGAGAAUCGGGACAUGGGAAAAGUACUCUCACCUGCUUGCUCUCAGAUCACACUGUUGGAAUGCCGACUUUCCCAGAUAUCACUGUCGCUAUAUAUUACCGCCAAGUCCAGGUCUUCAGAGGACUAAUACUACUGUCUCGAGGCAGAUAGCUGCUAGGACUGCAGAAUUUCAGACGGGGGAGGUGCCACUUUUCUUGUACACGCACAACUGCAAGCCCUCUCUAGUUGAGAACCCGACAUCUGAUGAGAGCUCGGAGAAAAGAAAGAGCUUUUCAAUUCCAGUAUUGCCAGUACGCGACGGGUUACCAGUAAAAUAUCAGCAUCCUAAUUUUCAUUUUCAGGAGUCUCCGAAGCUAAAACGUAGCAUGCUAAGCUGGAAAUUAGCUCAAAAUAAAGAUCUUCGAUCAGUGUUCAUUCGGCGGGGUGGUUCUCGCUCGAAAGAUUAUACUGCUUUGUCUGCCUUGUCAUUAGGACUAGACGGUUUGGUGGAAACAACGAUGUAAGACUGUGACACGUACGUCUACAAUUUCUA